AUGUCGUCGGACAUGGAAAAGCCGCCAAUUCAGGCCGCCCCUUUCGACGAGCUUCCCGACGAGAUCAUUGAACAGAUCCUGCUCGACACUGACUCGAAUGGUUUCGCCUCCUUGAUUCUUCUUAACCGAAAGUGGCGGGCCGUCUCCCAGCGACCUCACCUGUAUAUACAUCAUUUGCGACAAUGUCCAUCCUUUGCUAUCAGCCGAACGAAGCUUCCUCCUGGAAACGACAGCGACCUCCCGCGCUUGCGACGACUCUUUGCACAGCAGAUCAAGCGCAACCUUUUUGACGCCUACCUUAGACCCCAUCAAACCACCAUCAAGCUCAUCUCCAAUUCCAUCAGCUCCGCAUCAUGUCCCGGUGGAGAGGGCAUGCAGUUCAGCACUUCGCCAAAGUCGCAGCUUGUUCUCGCAUACAACUCAUCGCGAAUCUACGUCAUCGAUGUGCGAGCGCCCAAGAUUGAGAUCAAACGCGAGUUCAAGACGUUGCGCCGUCCCGUCGCGACAUGCAUUCUGGAUGACGGAAGCCUCCUCGCCAUUCUUUCGAUGGAAAUGCAGGUCGAUCUGUACGACCUAAAUCAUACUCCGCCGCGGCGAAAGCAAUCGAUCAUUCUCGACAACACGCCCCGGACGAUAGCAUUGUCACCCUGCGGCUCUGUGUUGGCCGCUGCUUACGAGGGUGGAAUCGAGGUGACAUCCCUGAGUGCCAACGCCGGUCCCUCUGAUAGGCGCUCUGUCAAAUGCGAUGCAGUAGAUGCGCUUGCAUUUUCCUACGAUGGCACCCAGAUUCUCGGCACAACUGUCAACUCGGCUACUCCCAGUACCGUCAUCCUCACGGCCCCCUAUUACGAUCCGGGCAGCCUCCUGCCUGAAAACGAUACCAGCGCCUUGUGGACAACCUCGAUUUUAUUUCCAAACUCGAGUCGCGACUGCACCCAUUCGGUUCUCAUCCAGGACGGUGGCGAAGACGAGGCCAGAUGGACAUUCGCAUAUGACAGGAGUUUUGAAACUUUCCGAGCCGUUCGCAUCAAUGAUUUGCGCAACGGCACAACUUACUUCGUUGGUCCUGAGCCCAAGGUAGGAACUCAGGGAAAGCUAUUGCCGAGCACCUUGUCAGGGGCUACAUAUUACGGCGAGAUUGCUUCGGCCAGCUUUCACCAUGGGGAGAUUUGGGUAUAUGGAGUACCAGAGCGACUGGAUGCAUUGACAGAGGAAGAGGUUUCUACGCUGGACCUCACGCGCGGUAACAUUUCUCACGCUUCUACAUCGAGAGAACAGGAUCCUGUUGUUGGUGACUCGGCUCCCCAGUGGAAACUCAUGCGCGACCGGCAGAGAAAUACUUUCAGAUCAGGCGUCAAGGUUGACAAUGUCCUUGGUGUAAGCUCUGUGAAGUGGAUUGCAGAAUAUGGCGGUCACUCUCUGAAGGAACGUCUGAUUGUUACAGCCACUGGAGUUUUAGGUCCCCGACUGGUCACUGAGGAAGAGGAUCUGGAUUUUGUCGACGGCGGUAGGAUCAAGUUGAUUGACUUCGACUACGGCCUUGAAGAUGGAACUGAAGAGGAAAUCAUUCUAGAAGUGGGGACCGACAAAGCAGAGGUUUUGGAAGAGGAGCACCGCGAUAUAGAGACCGAAGUUGCAAUUGUGCGAAGGAGAACCCUCGUUCAGAAGCGCGGGAGCCGUUCAGCUCUACUUCGCGCCGCCACAACGUCGUAUCGGAGCUCCGAGGCGCCGCCACCAUUGCCUCAGAGCGAGCCUACAGAUGAUGAUGACCCCUUGAGGCCCAGGAGAAUCGGUCACAAUCCCGCUAUACAAUCUUCUCCUCGCAAUGACGCCCCUGAGGAUCCCGACGUGGCCACCAUCGAAGAACAAGAAGCGUUGGAUGCUCCCUACGCACACUCAAGCCCGCGAACUGCCACCACUCUCCGACGUGCUGCCACCGCCGCAGCAGUCAACAGAACGAUGAAUCCUCGUACCGCAGAUGGACGUCCGAUCUCGUAUCGCCGUGCCGACGGGCGCCGAGAGCAUCCCCAUGAAAGUGACGCCGAUAAUUGGGUACCUCCACCACCACCAUAUCAAAAGGAGGACCCUGGCGACCUUCCGGCCUUCUUGCGAGGCCCUGCUGUCCCACCUAUGCCACCUUUACCAUCGAACACAGUCGAAUCCUAUGCCAAUAUCCAGCGACGACCCUCACAUCAUAGAACAGCUAGUGACUCAACCACUCUCAGUCGGCCUCGAAUCGAUCAUCCGCCCCGUCCGAGAUCCACUCCAGCGCCAGAUCCAGAUGACAUUUAUGAUGCCACUCCACCAGCCUCACCUGGCAUUCCCGCUCAAUAUUCCAAUACUAUCGGGGCCAAUCUAGAGAGACAAGCUUCGGUAAGCACGAUGAGCUCUCCAGUAGAUUCGCCAUCUUCACCUGUCCAGAACUCAAACAUCCCCAUCGUAAUCGCUCCUGCAGGGGACCAGGAAAGAGCCGACAUGGGACACGGAAUGCCAUUGCCAAGUUCCCAGGCGUGGUCAACAGGUCUCGGUAUCGGGUCAAGCCAAAAUCCUGUUCACAAUGCCGCUACUGCUCCGCUGGUAGCACCUGUCCCAAGAAUGGCAAAUGCCGGCUUCUUGCCCAACUCACCACCGACUUUGGCUACGAACCAGCUCGGAUAUGUCGAUCCGAAUACGGGGCAUGGUCAUUACCAACGUCCAGUCAGCGUUGGUUUCCAUGAUCUCUAUAACCCUAACCGGCCCGUCUUCUCCCCAUACCUGGAUCAACAGAGGCCCUCGACGUCCUGGAACAACGCAAUGGAUCAGCCUCUUAUAGUUAGCACUCCCAAGGGUGUCUCGGGAGGGUUUGACCUCCCCGAAUCAGGGGCGCCUAGCAGAUGGGCGGAAACGACCAUUGCAGCUCCCGUUCCCGUUCGUCCACGACCGCGUCAGGGUGGUUCGAACUCACAGGCCCCUGUGCAACGGCUGGAGUCCAGCGUCGCUCCUCGGGCUUCUUACCAUGCUCCACCACCACCAGCUCAACGACAACAGUCGACUUUACGACCUUGGACUGGGUGGGGGCGAUCACGUUCAAUAUCUCCCGGCCAAGUUCCAGUGGGUGUCAGCCGACAGUCGAGCCGCGCAGAACGCAGCGCAGCCAAGAACAUUAGGGAUGCCAAAAUGAAGGGGUGGAAGCCCAAGGCUCCAACAAAGCCCAAGAAGAAGAAGAAGGACCACGAUGCUGUCAGCAAUGCCGGGUGGACUGACGUGACCACCGCUUCUGGGUUCAAGGACAGGAGAUGUACAGUGAUGUAG